UCACGAUUAUUAUGCACUAGCAACACCACUACCCGCAUUUUGUAACUUUCAAACACUUUCAAAAUACUUUUGAAUUUUAUUUUGAAGCGUUAGUUGAAAAUGUUUUGUUGAUUGCAUGUACUUUUUGUAAUAUGAAUUUAGGAGAUUAAAUUUAUAAGUAUUUACGAACUGUUUGUUUAGUGUAAAAAUAACAAACUUCAUGAAGAAAGUGCGAUUUGAGACUCCUGACAAAGGUUUUAUAUUUACUAAAAUGAGUGAUUCGGAAUGCCAUUCUCCUCGGCCUUUCUUAGAAAAACACGUACCGUCUAAGCCACCAGAAAUAUAUCAAUGUACCAGAAUAUUACCGUAUAGUGACGAUCCAGUACAAAGAUACGAAUGUAGCAAUAGCUCUCCAUAUCCGUUGGCGAAUAAGACUUGUUUACCAGUAGUUGGCGAACGUAGAGCGAACUACUUACCUUCAAAUGAUCUAGAGCUAAGUAUGCUUGAUGUUCAUCAUCAUGCUUCACGACAGCCACCUUGCAAACCGAUUUUAAAAGCUACAGAAAAUAUCAUUAGUGAUUUGAAUUUAAAAAAAGAUACUAUUAUCCAUGACUUUCAGCCAGCUAUAUCAGCCGUUGAAAAUAAAAAUAACAAUCCACCUAACGUGUUGAAUAGAGAUAAUGAUUUCUUUUUUAGAAGGGAAAAUUUAAACAAGUUUUGUGUUGACUCCAUCCCACUAGUGAACCAAUUUAAUCGGUUGAGUUUAGAUAAAGAGAAUGACCCAAAAGCAAUAAAAUCUGAUAGGGUGAGACACUCGACUACACCACCUUUUAAAAAAGAAAAUAUAAAACAGAUAUCUGUAAGUGCCGAUCAGGCAUUGACAACAAUAAAUCAAGAUUGUUUCUGUCAUCAUUGUGUAAAAACUAUACAGAAUAUGCAUUAUCUGAGGCAACAGAAUCACCACCAACAUCCUGUGGUUUUCAGAGGACACAAUCAAUGUCCUUAUAUCCCAUCACCUACUCAUGCUUGCUGUGAGCCCACGAAGCCAGCUUGUAACUGUAACAGUCAAUCGUCCAGUCCCAGGCCAAUGAACACACUUGAAAGGAAAUAUAAAAUGAUGGAAAUGUAUGAACAGAGCACAGAAUGCACAGAUAUUGAGAAGCAAAAAAAUAUUGUGAAAGAGAAAAGGGAACCUACUGUUUCAGAUCUGUUCAAAAUAAUUAAGCUCCAAAAUGAGCAGUUACAGCUUCUCCAAGAAAAGGUAGACAAGUUUUUAACUGGACCACAAAAUGUUCAAUCAAUGCAAAAUAACAUAGAACAUAGAGCUUUACAAAAUGAACAUAAAAUAUCAAUAGGUGUGAUGACAAGUUUUGAAAUGGUCAGGACUUCAACAAUUAUCAAUAAGGAAGUAGUGAAACAAACUAAUGAGAACUCCCAAAUACAAUGUAAUAGAUCACAGGUUAGUAUAAAGGAAGUUGUUUCAAAAUCGCAACCUAUCAAUCUGAACUUCCUAGAUGGUAUUAUGCCAAUGGAGAAAAAAAAUUAUUGUCAUGACUCUAAUGAGUCUAGUGGGGACGAUCAUGAACAAGAUGAAAUUAUAAAUGAUGAAAAAACCCUGAAUGAGCUCAGUUUGCAUAAUGUGCAUGUGGACAAUGCAACAACACCAUUGAUGUCACCAGAUCAGAGCAUGUAUUUGGACGUACAAGACUAUAGCGACUCAGAAGGCAGCUGUGUUGAUCAAUCCAAUGUUGGAUGGACCUAUUACAAUAAAAUUAUGACCCAUGUGAAUGGCAUGUUACAAGACUCAGACAUGCCAUCAUCAGCAAGUGCUUUGUACAGGAAUACAAGGCAGCAAUGUGUUCAAAUGCAAAUAGACAAAGCUAACUUUAGUGUGGGAAAAAGAGUAAAAUUUGGUGAUGAUCCUGCGGGUAUUCACCAGCCUCAUAUAUACGCGGCUUCUACUGACACAAGUUUAAAGAUGAAUCAACUGGCAGCCAAGUACUUGAAAGGCAGUCAGCCACAACUUCCACAAAGGCCCACCAUCAAGACGUCUGCUACUCCAUUUGAUAUGUCUUUUGCAACCAAGAAUUACAUGGAGAGGCAUAAGUUGUUACAAGGAACACCUUUGUCAUCAAAAUCGCCACCACCCGCAGAGUUACCCAGGUUUUUAGACAUAACUGCUUUAAAGCAGCAACCCAAGUUAAUUUAGUUUUUUAAAUACUAAGGUUUAGCUACCAUAUAAUCGGUUUUGUAUUUAAUGAAAUAUAUAUUAUACUAUUGUUUUAUAAUAAUUUAAGUGACUUGUUAGAUAUACAUUUAGCAAUACAUAUUUUGUAGUAUAUUGAUAGUUAUAACUGUUUUAUUAUUAGCAGAUAAAUAAAAUACAUUGAUUUUCGAACAGACAUUUAUUUAAACUUCAGAGAAAAUAACAGAGUAAAAUCCUACACAAUAGUAAGUAGUCAUAAUCAUUCUGAAGUAGCUAGUUUUGAUAAAUUUUAUAAUUAUAUUAAAUUUUAUUUGGUAUAAUAUUUCAGGUAUUUAUAAUAUAAUUUCAACUACACACACAUUAAUAUCUUUAUUUGAAACAUAUAUUUAUAAUGUAUUCUAUACAAUAUUAUCACAUCUCUGUGGGAUUUAAUCAGAAUAUGACAACAGCGCGCAGUUCUAAACAAUUUACAAUACUUACUUAAUUUGGUGAGCGUGCGCUGACGAGGCAUAUUUACUAAUUAUGAAUUGUGUUCAAUAAUAUUUAUUAAGGAUCCAAGCCGUUCAAGUCUUACGAUUAUCAAUAAUAUUAUCGCAUAUAGGAUUUCGUCAGAUAUAACCAUUUCUGAAAUUUUAUGUUAUUGAUCAAGAUCUCAGACGGAAAUAGGCAAGUUUAAUAAAAAAAAAAAAAAAA